AUGGAGGAGGAGUUGGUAGAGGUGAUGCAGAAAUUUGCUCUCUCAGAGAAGGAAGUGGGGAGUACACUCAUAGAUCUGGGCUAUCCUAAGGGCCUUAAGGUAGCUGAAUUAGGACCUAAUGUUUUCCAGUUUACUAUUCCUGACCUAAAGGAUAAGGAACGGAUUCUUGAGGGGGGUCCGUGGAUUAUAGAUAACCAGAUAUUAGUGAUUAGGAGGUGGGAGGUAGGAAUUGAAGAAGAUAAGGAUGCUUUCAAUUUAGCUCCAGUUUGGCUGCAAGUGUGGAACCUUCCCAUACACUGCCUAUCUAAGGCAGUAGGAAAGAAAGUGGGAACUAUAUUCAAUGAGGUGAAAGAUGUGUUGAUCCCUCAAACUGGAGGUAAAGAAGGGAAACAUAUGAAGUUAUUGGUUAUGAUAGAUAUUAAGCAACCUUUACUGAGAGGAACCACAGUUCAGAUUAUUGGAGUGAACAAAUGGCUGGCCUUCAAAUAUGAGAAGUGCCCUAACUUCUGUUAUAGCUGUGGAGUGAUUGGGCAUAGUGAAAAGAAUUGUAAAUCUCCGGUGGAGGUGAAAAAGGGACAAUAUCAGAAUCAGUAUGGUUCGUGGAUAAGGGUGUUUGAGAGAAGAGGAUCUCCUCAAAAAGAGAAUAGUCCAAAGAUUUAG